AUGGCAUCUUCACCGAAUGAAUCGACCCAAUCUAUGCCGUCGACCAGCACAAACGCACUCCUCUCAUACCCAACAUAUGAUGCAGAGGCCUCAACGUCGUCGAACAAGCCAUCUCAAGUCAAGUCCAGAGAGGUCGUGCCCGAACGGCUGUAUAUCGGGAAUUUGCACCCUGCAGUCACCGAACACACACUGAUCCAAAUAUUCUCGAAGUACGGCAAGAUGUCGCAGCUCGACUUCUUAUACCACAAGACCGGAACAAUGAAGGGGAAACCGCGUGGCUAUGCAUUCAUCGAGUAUGCCAACUCAGACGAUGCCACCACGGCGUUAGCAGCGGCGCACGGGAAACUCUUGCGCGGACGCAAGCUUGUCGUCACACAUGCGAACCAGGCGCCUAUGGAUGCUGCUGGAUCACUACCUCGAAGAAUAGUGAACGAGGCAGGCCGACCGACCACACUCAGUCUGAUCAAGAGCGCCAGUGCGCCCAGAAAUCGCGAUGCUAUAUCGGCUUUGGAGGCAAAGUUGAAGCAAUUGGAGCGCGACGAUAGCGCAGAACUCGUCACACCACCACUUGAGCAUCCUCUACCGGCAAAGCCUACACUCGCAGCUGCCAUGGCCGCAUUGCCCCAUUCGACAUUGCCGGCUCCGAAGACCACGACUGCCACGUCGUCGCUACCGGCUUCGCCGCAUAUCAAGCGCUCGCCUUUGCCGCCAGGGUCCAAGUCUUCCACAUCCGCUCCAGGCAGCAAACCGUCGACUCCCAUCAGCCAUAAGCCGUCACCAACAACGACGUCCAGCUCUGCUCUCUUCAAACACCCACCCGUGAAAACGAAGAUGUCGGCGGCGCCAAUCUCGGUCUCGACGAGCUCGGUCCCGAGCAAGAGACCGGCGCCUACCCUGAAGGGCGUCAAGCUGGUGAAGAAGAAGGAUAAGGGCCCUUCGCCGUCUCCUCAGGAUACGCGCAUGCAGACCGCAGCAUAG